AUGCCGAGGCGUAACAUGCCAUGGGGUAACAUACCAAGGCCCCGGUCUCGAUAUGGUGCUUGCGUAGUCUUAAAUAGAGAAUGCAAUUCACAGUGCAUCUUUGCUCCUUACUUCCGUUGUGAGGAUGCUAUUGCUCACUUUGUUGCCAUCCACGAUGUUUUUACUGUCAAGAAUGUUGUCAACUUCCUAGCUCCGCUUCCGGUCAGCGACCAAUUUUGGGCUUUUGAUACACUCUUAUUUGAAACUCAAGCCCAGCUUCAAGAUCCCGUCUAUGGCUGUGUAUCUCACAUUCUUUCCCUUCAGCAGCAGGUUAGUGAGUUGCAAGCUUAUCGAGCUUAUUUGCAAGAUUCACUAUUCGCAUAUUAUUCUUUGUAUCCCCAACCUAUUCCUCAACCUGAUCAAAACCCAAGCUGGAAUUUUGAUCUUCCUAUCAUCCCAGAGGAUGUCCCUCAUCUUAGUUUCUCAGAGGCUACUCUUCCACCUUACCCUGGUGAAGCUAGCAGUAGCCAAAUGCCACCCCCAAAUGACAUCGAUGAGCUGGGACCUGUCGUGUUUGGCAACCAUUGUCCUCAUUGA